UCUGCCGACAUUCUGAGAUAUUAUGGAGCAGCAGGAGAAAACCUCACCUAUCCCUGCUCUUUCACCAUAUCUGGAGCAGUGAAGAUGUUCUGCAGGGAAACCUGUGAAGGAUCAAACCUCCUAGUUAAAACAAGUUCUGACUCAGCUCAGGAAGGACGAUACAGAACCCAAUAUGUUAAAGAAGCUUCAAAAACAUUCUCAGUGCUGUCCGUUAGCAUUACGGAGCUGACCUGGUCCGACUCAGGGCGCUACAGGUGUGGUCUGGAUGACUCUUUGUCAUCAGCUUCAUACCUGGACUUCAGACUGGUCAUCGUAGACGCCCUCCUGGAUGGGAACGCUGAUCACCACCUCUAUAAGGAACCUGGCAGCUCGCUCACAGUCGCCUGUUCCUUUAAAGGCUCUGACAACAAAUGGCAGCUCAUCAGACGAGGAGCUGAAGGAGAAGACGUUCUGGUUCAGGCAGGUGGAGCAGAAACAGGCAGAUAUAAGGUAGAAUAUGAAGCAAAGAAAAAGUCCAGCGUUCUUCUGGUGACCAUCAAGCCGCUGAUCCAGUCUGACUCCGGACACUAUAGAUGUAAGAUAGACAGAAUGAUCCGCCCAGAUUUAUACAUAGACUUCAGCAUCACUGUCACCAAAGCGGCUGAUCCAUCAACCUCCACUCAGACAACCUCUCUGAAUUUAAGCUCCAGUUUAGGAAGUUUCACAUCUUCAGUUUCCUCAGAAACUUCCGGUCUAAGAAGGGAGAUCCAGUCGGCAUCUGACAAUGAACCCAACCACAGUUUUGUGUUGAUGCUGCUCAGUCUGACCAUCACCGUCUUCCUGGUUUCUGUGGCUCUGAUGGUUUUCUGCAGAAUAUCGUUUAAAAAAGUGGAAACAGGCGCUAUCACCGCGGCACCCACCCCGUGCAGGGGAGCAGAGCCCCCGCUUUUCAUCCAAGCAAGUAAUUCCCCCUAA